GAAGUAGUCGUCUAUUGGCUACUUCAUCCCUCAUCUUCUGCAUUUCGCGGCGGCAUUCUGAGCUUGAAUUGGGCGGUGAUGGUGGUAGGUUGGUCGCAUUUCGAGCCACGAGACCCAGACGGACGGCCGGCUUUGAAGGCAGACUCGGUGUUUAGAAAACGAGGAAUAGAGCUAGGAGUACCAGAAGCGUACUUCAAUUGGCUUUGUGGAGAUGACGUCCGGUAUACGGAGACGGAGGAUGGAUUCAUGCUGACGCCGGAGUUCUUU